AUGGACGACCAAGUGCAGAGGCUUGUUGAUAAAGUAUGGGCCAAAUUUCUCUCAAUCCCGCCAUCCUCGCGCUAUAUGGUCGCGAUCAGCGGAAUUCCAGGGUCAGGGAAAUCUUCCCUGGCGAAAAUCAUGACCGAACAGAUGAAUGUUCGAUAUGCGACAGAACACCCUGAUAAACCACCCAUCGCUACUUGGGUGGGCAUGGACGGAUUUCACCUCACGCGAGCCCAAUUGGCAGCGAUGCCGGAUCCUGUGUACGCCGUGGCCAGGCGUGGGGCAGCGUUCACCUUCGACCCCGUGAAAUUCACGAAGUUAGUCCGUGCAGUACGUGAAGAUAUCAGUCCAAGCUCGGCGAUCAUAUACGCGCCUAGUUUCGACCAUGCGAUUAAGGACCCCGUGGAAGACGACAUACCAAUCCCGGUGACGGCGAGAAUUGUAUUUUUCGAGGGGAAUUAUCUUAGUUUAAACAAGGAACCUUGGACUGAGGUGGCGGGGCUGAUGGAUGAGGUGUGGUUUGUGGAGGUGGACUUUGAGGUUGCGAGGCAGAGGCUAGUGAAAAGGCAUGUUGAGGCGGGCAUAGCGAAGAACGAAGAAGAGGCCGAUAAGAGAGCGGUGGAAAACGAUUUAGUCAACGGAAAAGAGAUCGUGGAGAAUAGGCUGGAAGUUUCGGAGAUCGUUGUGAGCCGGGAAGAUAUGGGGUGGAAAUGA